AAGGAUGUUUGUGGAUUAUGAGUCUCAUCUACUUUUUAUGAUGUGGGGUCCAUGUCUCAUAUCUACUUCACUAUCAGUUGUUUGGAUCUGUGUCCUCCAGAGAUGAAGUUUAUUUGUUUGACCCUCCUGAUUAUUUGUGGAAUUACUGAUUCAAGAUCAGAGCAGUAUGAAGUCAUGGGACCUGCAGAUACAGUAUUUGCUUUAGCUGGUGAAGAUGUGAUUCUGCCCUGUUCAGUUAAACCCAGCAUCAGUGUUGUGGACAUGAGAGUGGAGUGGUUUAGAUCUGAUCUGAAAAACUCAGUAGUGCAUCUCUAUGAGGACCAUGACGACAGAAACGCAGAGCAGACAGAGUCCUACAGAGGGAGAACAAAACUGAAUCAUGAAGAAUUACAGAGAGGAAACGCAUCACUCAAACUCUCAUCUGUCCAAAUCUCUGAUGAAGGACGUUAUAAGUGUUUUAUUCAGUCCAAAUCCUGGUAUGAUGACGCUACUGUUGAUCUCAGUGUUGAAGCUGUUGGACGUCCUCCAGUGAUCACUGUAGAUGGAUUUGAUGAUACAGGAGGGCUUCAUCUACAAUGUGAAUCUGAAGGUUGGAAUCCUGAACCUGUUAUUGAGUGGCUGAACAGUGAAGGAGUCAGCUUGAGUUCAGAAACUGCAGAGACAAGCAGAAACACAGAUGGAUUCAGAGUCAAACACUCUAUCACUGUAUAUCACAGUGUCGGGAAGAUUCACUGUAGAGUGAAACUGAGACAUCACAUUCUGGAGACACUGAUUAUCGCCUCAAAUAAAAAGUUUAAUCCUUGGAGGACAUCAAUCAUCUUGAUUUCAGCUGUUGUUUUACUCACUGUGAUUGCUGGAAUGCUGAUAGCUGCAUUUUUUAAAAAACACAGAAAACUUGGUCAACUAAAUAAUGAGAAUGGGAUAAUAAAACAAGAACAUGAACAACUACUGAAGGAGAAGGGCAAAAUACAAGAAGAAUGUGUUAGUCUACAGGAUGAGAUAGACAAAAUACAACAAGAUUAUGAUGAAUGCAACAAGAGAAUAAUGCAAGAACAUGAUCAACAUUUACAGUCACUUGCGAACACACAAUCAAAAAAAGAAGAUAAAAAGUGACGUUUACGACCAGGUGGAGGUGAAGGAGUGAAUUAAGUGGUAUUUAACAUGAAGAGGUGGAACAGUCUGAAUCCUAAAGAUAAAUACUUGAUUAUGGGUCUGAUUAAUGGGGUGCACUGGGCUUGUGAUUCUCCAUUUAUCUUUCUUUUUCUGAGUGUGGGGCCCAAGAGGCUGUUUGAGGAUUAUGAGGAGGGUCUGGCCUCCUUCUAUGAUAUGUCCAUGCCUCACUUGUCUGUCUAAGAUUCAAUUUUGCAUCCUUACAAAUUAUUAUUA